ACAACACGGAUGGCUGCACCUUCAUACACAUUGCUGUACCAAUGCUCUUAGGGAAUUCAAUUGGAUCUAGAUUUAGAUGAACCAGGUACAUCAAUUUCGACGGUAGAACUGCAUUACUACAACUGUCACCAAUAACGCAAUUUGCAAAGAAUAAACAUAAAUUUACAAUAUGCCUUUCAAGUGGCGGUUGAAGAAAACAAGGAAAUAUGAUAUAUCGACAAAAAAUUCUUUUAUUGUUGGAGUUUAUCUUUUGGAUAAUGCUUAUUUGGAGUGUACCUUAAAUGCUGACAGCACUGGUCAAGAGUGCUUGAAUAGUAUUGCUCAGAGAGUUGAACUUGUUGAGAGCCACUACUUUGGGCUUCGAUAUGUUACAAAGAAGCUUCAUUUUCAUUGGGUAGAUUUAGAGAAGCCAUUGAAAAAACAGCUGGAUAAAUAUGCUCAGCCAGCUAGUCACUCCCACUGCCUGUAUUUUGGUGUGAUGUUUUAUAUUAUUGGCGCUCACAAAAUUCCAGAUGAGGUGGCAAGGUAUCACUACUACCUUCAGCUGAAGAAUGAUGUCAUUGAUGGGAGGCUACCCUGCUCAUCAGAGCAAGCUAUCAGACUGGCAGCAUACAGUUUACAAGCGGAGUUUGGAGACUAUGAACCUGACAAAUAUUCUGUUCAAGACUACUUGUUGUUUCCUAAGACCAUGAUGAAGGAUGAAGCAGUGGCUGCAGAGUUGCUGUCAGAAGCUAUAGCUGGCCAUGCUAGUUUACAGGGGGUGCCACCAGUCAGGGCAGAGUUACAGUAUGUGAAAGAAGUUCAGAUGAUGGAUGGGUAUGGUGCUGAAUACUACAGUGCUAAGGAUGAAUCAAGAAAAGAUCUAUAUCUAGGCACAUCUUAUGCUGGUAUAUUUGCUCGUUAUGUUGAUGGGCAGUCAACUGUGUACUACAAGUGGGCAGAAAUAGCUAAAGUGACACAGAACAAAAAGAGUUUAGAAAUUGAUACUUCAAAAAGUUCUGUACAGUUUCAAUUGGAAGACUCAGAUACCUCAAAAUAUGUCUGUCGCUUAGCCCAGCUACAGCGCCAGUUUUAUAAGUCAUCGAAAGGAAAUUUGAGUAACAGCCUGACUGAUGUCACAGAGGAGGCUGAUGGGCAGAGAUACGUAGAUGCACAACAAGUGUACAUUCCCCCUACGGACUCAUCCCAUUCAUCACAAGAAUUGGGUCAUUCACAGACAUCUUUAACACACUUACAAGAACAAAGGUACUCUCAUGAAAUCCUUCAGAGCUCCCAGCAAAGUCUAGAAUCAUCAUCAGAGAGCCAGCAGAUUCAACAGCUGCAGCAGUUUCACCACCAGCUGAACCAGCUCCAUGGGGCUGGGAUAGAGCCAGAGACUGCACUCAACAAUAGCAUCUAUCAGCAGGAGAUUAUGCGCCAUGAAUCUUUGACACCAACCCCAGAGGGUGACCCUGUGUAUGUGAACAGAGCAGCUCUGCUGCCAGCCUACAGGCCCAGUCCUGAUUAUGAUGCUGUCAUGCAGCAGAGAAUGAUACAGCAACAUCAGCAACAGCAGCCUGCACAGCAACAACCUCAGCACCAUCAGCAACAGCACCAUCAGCAUCACCAGCAGCAGCAACCCACCCAGCACCAGCAGCCCUCACACUUUAAGGACAUUACCCCACACCUUGGUGCGGCCCAGGUGUAUGUCCACCCUGAUGGCAUGGCUUACAGCCAGCCUGAGAUCAGCCUAAACAUCAGCAACUACAGGGAUGAACACGGGAACUAUGCCAAUGUUGACGCCCUCAGGAACUACAGCCACUCAAUCUAUGCAAACAUCUUCCAGGAUAGCCAUGGCUUCUAUGCUGGACCAAGUGGCCAGAGGUCGACUAAUUUAGCAGUGCACCCCACCUACAGCUCCCCAGAGCUGAACAGUGAGCUGCACCAACAAGACAUGUAUGCGGCCAACGAGUUUUCUGCCCAGGAGGCCAUGGCCUACCACUUCCGUCCACCACCCCCCUACCCCCGCACCAGUAGCAGCACCCCAGACCUGGCUGGUCAGCCGAGCACCAACUUGAUGACUGACCAGUCUGGGCUGGUUGUCCACAGCUCUGCCGAUGUUGGAGCCCAUGAUCUUAUUGUGCAAUCUCGCCUGGACAGGAGUGUGGAAGACCUGUCUGGGUAUAAAUCUGCUCUAGGCCCCCACCAGCUCCCCUUCUCCACUUCAGAUGCUGUGGGUAGGAGUUCCUCCAACAGCGCAGCCAAUCAGGACAAUCAUAACAUGAACAUCACGAGCCUAACUGUUGAGGCCUUGAGUGAUGGUUUGAAAAAUUCUUCAGCUCUUUCUGAAAAUGAUUCAACCCUGACCAGGGAAACAGCUCAGAAAAUUUUAAUUGAUGACCCAGAUGAUACAUCCAGUGAACAUUCCUAUUCAACGUUUCAUGCUAAAGAAUCUGAUGAAAGUUCAGAAGAAGAAGGUUCAAGGAAAAUCUCCCAGCCAAAGGAAGAGUCGAAGAUUCAGAUCCGAAUGUUCACACCACAGGAAGCCCCGCCCCCAUCAAAGUUGAAGGAAGAAGCAACACUGAGAGAAAGUUUUCGCAGGUUGAAAAUAGCCAGGACAGGCUCAGUGAACAAAGAUGUCCCCAUGUUUGGUAGGUCAUCAUUACGUGGCAUGAAAGAGCCCACAGAUGAAAGUUCUGUGGUUUCCCCCCACCUGAAUGUGGUGUGUGAACAAGAUUCAAGCCAGAAGCCUGUGGGAUCUCUGUCUACACAGGAAGUUGGCACCCUGCCAGAGAUGAAAGAAAUCCUGGAACGUCUUGGUGCUCCACCACCAUACCCUGGUAAAGCCAACGCGGUGAACAUGCCAGCACCAGCAGCUAAAAACAUCAACAACAACAACAACAACACUGUCACUGAAAACAAGGAAGACAUUUUCAAAAUUCCACUCAAUCCCCAGACAAAAGUGUCAACAAAUGCUGUCAAGAGGUCCAGUUCUGUUGGAACUGCGCCUGUCAAAUCUAGUCCUCUGCUGCCUGCCAGAAAAGACAUGUCUGGGUCUAAAAUAAAAGGCCCUGCGUACAGUCUGGACACUGUGGUUCCAGUCUCUAAGCCAGCCAUGAGUCGCCCCCCUAAAGAGCCAGAGAUUAGCACUUCUGUCUUGAGAAUAGAAAUGGCCAACAGCUCCUCCAGCACGUGCAGUGAUAAUGAGACCAACAAAAGUGGUGAGAAAGAUGCCAGCAACAGCGGUGGUGGUCAGGAGGAAGACGCGGCCAGUGACACACUGACCAGCUUGCACGACUUCUCUGUGGGAUCAGACAGUGACUCAGAUCAUGAGAGGAGUACAUCGCAAGUUUUAAACAUGGGUCCCCUUAAAAUGGCAGCUCUGAAUGGUUUGACGCUGUCAAGAUCAAUGGUGUUGUCUAUGAUGAAUGAUGACAGCAGGGCACCCACAGAUGACAGAAGACGGAUGCUUGAAAGUAAGAUAUCUGAAGGGCAAGUUUAUGUUGAGUUUGAACAAAUCCCUCGUAAGGCAGACAGCAUGGACUGCAGUGUAGCCCUGGCUCCACACAAUGCACCAAGGAACAGGUUCAAAGAUGUGCUGCCCUAUGACAUCACUAGGGUCAAGCUUGCUCCCACUAAGGACAACCCUGAUGGCUACAUCAAUGCUUCACACAUUAAGAUAAAAACCCUUAGAAAUCAUUUAAGAAGCAUGAACACGCUGGCAACGUCCCUGAAGCAGCUGACAGCCAAUGACAACAAGUGGCUAUUUAUAGCAACACAGGCUCCUUUAGAAAACACAGCUGUAGAUUUCUGGCAAAUGAUAUGGGAAAACAGUGUUGACGUCUUGGCAAUGUUGACUCCGUUUCAGGAGUUGGGAAAAUCCAAAUGUUUUACAUACUGGCCACAAGAACCUGGACCACAGCAUAAGCACGUUUACGGAGAAUUUGAAGUGGAGCUACAGUUUACUGACGACUCAUUAUGUUACCUAACCAGUCGUAUUAUCUUGAGACAUGCUGGGCGGGAGCAUAUGGUCUGGCAUCUACAGUACACAGACUGGCCUGACCAUGGAUGUCCUGAAGACACAUAUGGCUUUUUGGGAUUUCUGGAUGAGAUUGAAUCAGUUGCGCGACUAGCUGAAAGUGAGACUGGGCGCGAAGAAAAAUCUCCUGUUGUGGUCCACUGUAGUGCAGGGGUGGGAAGGACUGGUGUUGUGAUACUCACAAUGGUGAUGAAGUGGUGCUUGGAACACAACCAUAAUGUGGAUUUGCCAAAAGCACUUCUGGGAAUUCGCAACCAGCGAAUGCAUAUGGUGCAAACGAUGGGGCAGUAUCGAUUUAUUCAUGAUACUCUCAUUCAGUAUCUGAAAAAUACAAGACUCAUUUAAUCAUGUCCAAUUAGACCACUCUUCUGUUUGACAGUAUUUCAAAUUACACAUGAACUUUUAUUUCUGUUCAGAUAUUGGGGCAGACAUAUUGAGAUUAUAUUUAAUUCAGGUUUACUGUUACAUUAUAUUCCCUCGGUGAGUACGCCUAAUGUCUGUUAGCUUAUGUCACAUGAUGUGUAUGUCAAGACAUCAUAGAAGAUUGAGCUGUUGUGUUGAUGCUAGAGCUUAAAGGAAUUUAAGAAUUACUUUUUCAGUCCAUUCAGAAAUACUUUUGUCUUCAAAAAGAUAAAAAAGAAAUCCACGUGUUUUAAAUUCCUAAUGACCCACAAUUAUGAUGAAGAGGGAGUAACGUUUGUAGCUGUGUACAUAGUUGGUCCCUAAGGUGAUGAAAGCAAGUGCCUUAUAUACUAGAAGUGCUUGUUACACACUUUCAAGCUUGUGUUUAUGUACAUAUUUUAUGUUUUCUUUACCACACAUCUUAGCCAAACAUUUUCUUAUCUUUUAUAAAGAAUAUUCUCAUGUGUGUUUAAACAAGGCUAACAAGCAAUAAUUUGUUCCCAUCAGUAAGGUUUCCUUUAUUCACAUGUAAUCAACACAUCUUUAAGAAUGGAAAACUCCCACCAUUCCAGAUAUUUGUAUUGAUAAAACUUGAUCACCCUCAGAUGGAUGUCUGAGAUAAAAAUAAUUGAUCUGAUUUCCAUUUUGUCACUAAUUCAACAUUUCACAACCAGAUUCACAUGUUAUUGAUCAAACUAACAACACAUAAUGUGCAAUAGUUAAUCCCUUCUUGUCAUUUCCUUUGUUGAUUUGUAGAUUUUCUUGUUCUUUCAUGAAUUUUAUUUUUAAUCCCUGAAAUUAGUUCAACUGAUUCAUAAGGUUGUGCACAGGGAUUGAAAAUGUUUAUCUCCCUUGCCUGUAAGUGCAUUGUUUUUACAAUUGUCUACUAAAAGUUUUUUUUUCUAUUAUAUAAAUAUGUAUUUGAUUUGUACAAAAAAGAUUACUUUAAGAUGAAUACAUUUACAUAAAAUAUUACAAUACUCAUUUGUAUUUAGUCACCUUUUGCUAUAUUUUUCUCCAAAAAAGGCCAGUAUAUAAGACUAUAUUUAGCUUUGUUGUACCUUGUUUUGGUGCUGCAGGGCGGAGCCUACAACAGCCUAAUUUUGUUUGCCUGUGACUACUGUGUUAUACUUGAACACACAGCACUAGGUACAUGGGGCUACACAUGUUGCCUGUGACUACUGUGUUAUACUUGAACACACAGCACUAGGCACAUGGG